AUGAAAGAAGUGUUGCUACUAGUCGUGCUGUGCCUGGCCACAUACCACACACACUCCAUUAAAAUUGGAAUCUCGCACAAUUACAAUGCCACAAUAUCGCCAACGGCGUCCACCACCACGGAAGCCCCAGCCACGACCGGUGCUCCGAGCAGCGAAGCGGUCAGCUCCAUCAGCACAUUGCCGGAGGCGGAAGUGACCACUACUACGCCUGCAAUCACAUUUCCACCGCGUGUCCAACAGAAGCCCAAGGUGGCUGUGGCAUCUCCAACCAUGUCGACGGCUUCCCCGGCGGAGGCGCUACCUUUGAACUCCACUGAAGUGAACUCCUCCCUGCCCAAAUCCGGGGACAGUACGUUUUAUUACUGCUCCUGCGAUCUUCAGGCAGGCAGAUGCGAUCUCAACUGCUGCUGCGACAACGAUUGCCCUCCCGAAACCCGCCAGGUGUUCAAUUGCCUGCCGAGUUCGUUGCUCCCGCAGCUUGAAUCUCGCCUGGAGGACUUCCAGUACACCCAUGGCUUGCCCACCUGCCAGAUCAACGAUGGCUGGCUGUGCGUCUUUCGCAGCAACACAAAAGCAACAAAGACGCAGCCGCAGGAUAUGAAUAUCGAUACCUCGCAGUACAGAAAAUGGAAGGAUAACUUGGAAUACCAAGAAUCGGACUACGCACAGUCCCGUCCAUCAGCUGGACACUACAAGUUCGGGCAGACCCUGCAGUUGUGGCAACCAGAGACUAAACAAUUGGCGACCUUUGAGCUGCCCGCCGCCUACGAAAGCCCCAAUUGUCAGCUGAAGCAGUCAGUCGGGCACUUGCAGCCGAUCAGGAACGUUUGCAGAAUGAAGGAUUCCGCACAGCUGCAGGAGAGCAUCUGGAGCGUACUGAACCAGAGUGCCACCUACGAGAUCCUAUCAAAACCCCGCGAUCUGGAAGAACCGGAAGUAAACGGGCUGAUCGUACAGGUCUGUCUUAGAGGAGUGGAUAAGUCAAUGCGUUGCUUGGAACGAGGAAACGACACCCAACUGGAUGUUAUAGUUGAUCAAGUGGAGCUGCAACUGAUUCACAACUUUACAAAUAUCCUAGAAGCGAAGCUUUUUCUAGAGGAGGCCAAACUGGCGGAGGAUGACAACGAGCCACUUUGGCUUCGCUACAAUGUUGAGUUUGUCACUCUGAACGAAUCGCUUACCAAGCCCACUUCCGGUCCACUCGGUUACCUAUCUGGCGCCCCUGUAAUCCUCUCCAGAAUGUCACCACAGAACAGCAGCGAGGACAAGCAGCAAAUAAGCUAUCACAGCUCUAACCAAAAUAUCAAAGAGUUUCACUGGCUUUCCCUGCCCUCCAGGAAGCCACGAGGAAGCAGCUGCCAACGCGCACUGGACCACAAGGAAGCUCUGCGCUUUGGCGUAGACCUUCUUACCCGCUGUGAACUCCGCCACGCGGCGCCCUUGCUCCAGGAACACGCCAACCACACCGAGUACUGCCAGAGCUUGCAGGCGCAGAUAUGGAGCCUGCUACUGCCCCACAACUGCACCCAGCUGGAGGACGUGACCAAGGUGUUGGUCUCCCAUCUGGGCAGACCGCGGCCGGACAAGUGGCUGCCCAUGGAGGUGCACUACCCGGAGAACGUCCACGAGAUGCCACCACCCGUUCAGGCAGUAUACGACCAAAUGAGACAGAGCCUGAGCUGUCGGAAUAUCUUCCUCAGCGUUGGCUACGAGUUCCAUGUGGCACAUCUGGCCCUGGUGGAGGGCAGAGCGCCGCAUCAGCGUGUCCUGCAGCACGCACGCCUGGUUCUGGGCCAGCGGCAUGACCUGGAGUUCGACACCAGCGAGACUGAGGUGGCACUUCCUCUGAGCAUAUCCGCCAUGUUCUACCGAACGCAAAGGAAAGCCCUGAGCAAUGGAGCUGCAGUGGGAAUCUCUGGCCAUCUAGUGCUGCUGGAAAUGAUUUAUCUAGGAAUUAUUUAUCUAGGAUCCAUGCAACUUUGUCUGUAGAUUUUUAGAAUAAAAGCUGAAAAAAUAAGA